CGCGACAAACGUCAGGUCGAGCGCGCGCGCUCGUGUGUAUGUAUGCAUUUUCUUUUUCCUCUCGCUCUCGGUGCAAACGUGCAAAUUUCAGAUUGUUUUCGUCGCACAGCUGAUGUGCGCGGUGCGCGCGGACAACACGCGUAUCAACACGUCGCCAACUCGCCUUCUCAUUUCCGUUGGGAUUGAUUGGGAUUUCAUGCCGUUCGUUUAACGCCCCCCGCGACACCGAACGAUGGCGAGUGCGAAUGACAGAUCGCCGAAGCUCCAGCCCAACGAGGAGGUCGUAGAGGAGCUCACCCGAGAUCUAGAAGGUUCCUGUAUCCAAGCGGAUGGCGACCGAGCGGCAGAUUGUUCUUCCAAGAAGAACGCGCGAUCGAAGGGCACGCUCGGGGGCAACGCGUGGGACAUCGUGGACGAGGAACGCAACGAGGAUGAUGACAACGCACAAGACGCGGAUUCCCCCCCUUCGGAGGACGUGGACGAGGUGCUCCUUAAGGACAGAGACCUGUUACUGACGGAAAGCGAGCAAGAGGCAUUGAAAGGGGAAGCAGAAAAUCUAAAGCAGGUGGGGAAUGACCUUUUCAAAAGUGGCGAAUACGUACAGGCGAUAUCGCGGUACACACAGGGAUUGCAGACUUGUCCUUUAGUGUAUAGCAAAGAAAGAUCUAUAUUGUACGCGAAUAGGGCGGCGGCGAAAGCGAAGUGUCAGACAGAGAAGGAUUCGGCGAUAUCGGAUUGUACCAAAGCCAUCGAAUUAAAUUCAAGUUACGUAAAGGCAUAUAUAAGAAGAGCACAGUUGUACGAAGAGACAGAGAAGCUGGAUGAGGCGUUAGAGGACUUCAAGAAAGUAUUGACAUUCGAUUCUAGUCACACGGAAGCUAAUCACGCUGUCAGGAGGUUACCUCCGUUAAUCGAGGAGAGAAACGAGAAGCUGAAGACAGAAAUGUUGGGCAAACUGAAGGAUCUAGGGAACAUGGUUUUGAAACCCUUUGGCCUUUCCACAAACAACUUCGAGCUGGAGAAGGAUCCCAACAGUGGUGGUUAUUCCGUAAAGUUUCAUCAGAACCCCAUGUAACAAGCUAGUUAUGUUUCUUAUUUAUAAAAAAAAAACUGGAUAAAAUGUGUCCUUUUUACCUGUAA